CCGCUUUUAGGACUGCAUAUUCUCAGGGGUACGAUCAAAGCACGUUGGCAACUUAUGAAAACGGAACAAACAGCUGGGAAUAUUUUAGUCUUUGUUGCAUACAGUAUGUCAAAUACUUCUGCUGUUCACCCAAUACUUCUGUUAUUUACCAAAUACUUCUGCCGUUCACCAAAUACUUCUGUUAUUUACCAAAUACUUCUGCCGUUCACCAAAUACUUCUGUUAUUUACCAAAUACUUCUGCCGUUCACCAAAUACUUCUGCCGUUCACCAAAUACUUCUGCCGUUCACCAAAUACUUCUGCUGUUCACCAAGUACUUCUGUUAUUUACCAAAUACUUCUGCCGUUCACCAAAUACUUCUGCCGUUCACCAAAUACUUCUGCCGUUCACCAAAUACUUCUGCCGUUCACCAAAUACUUCUGCCGUUCACCAAAUACUUCUGCCGUUCACCAAAUACUUCUGCCGUUCACCAAAUACUUCUGCUGUUCACCAAGUACUUCUGUUAUUUACCAAAUACUUCUGCCGUUCACCAAAUACUUCUGCCGUUAAUAAUAAUAAUAUAUGCCAUUUAGCAGACGCUUUUAUCCAAAGCGACUUACAGUCAUGUGUGCAUACAUUCUACGUAUGGGUGGUCCCGGGAAUCGAACCCACUACCAUGGCGUUACAAGCGCCAUGCUCCACCAAAUACUUCUGCCGUUCACCAAAUACUUCUGCCGUUCACCAAAUACUUCUGCCGUUCACCAAAUACUUCUGCUGUUCACCAAGUACUUCUGUUAUUUACCAAAUACUUCUGCCGUUCACCAAAUACUUCUGCCGUUCACCAAAUGCUUCUGCCAUUCACAAAAUACUUCUGUUAUUUACCAAAUACUUCUGCUGUUCACCAAAUACUUCUGCCGUUAAUAAUAAUAAUAUAUGCCAUUUAGCAGACGCUUUUAUCCAAAGCGACUUACAGUCAUGUGUGCAUACAUUCUACGUAUGGGUGGUCCCGGGAAUCGAACCCACUACCAUGGCGUUACAAGCGCCAUGCUCCACCAAAUACUUCUGCCGUUCACCAAAUACUUCUGCCGUUCACCAAAUACUUCUGCUGUUCACCAAGUACUUCUGUUAUUUACCAAAUACUUCUGCCGUUCACCAAAUACUUCUGCUGUUCACCAAGUACUUCUGUUAUUUACCAAAUACUUCUGCCGUUCACCAAAUACUUCUGCCGUUCACCAAAUACUUCUGCCGUUCACCAAAUACUUCUGCCGUUCACCAAAUACUUCUGUUAUUUACCAAAUAAUUCUGCUAUUUACCAAAUAAUUCUGCUAUUUACCAAAUACUUCUGCCGUUCACCAAAUACUUCUGUUGUUUACCAAAUACUUCUGUUGUUUACCAAAUACUUCUGUUAUUUACCAAAUACUUCUGGUGUUCACCAAGGCCCUGAUUCCAGGUUUAAACUGUUACAUGUGGUCUCAGUUCCAUAAUGAUUCCGAUGUGCAAUCAUUUGGAACAGGUAGCCUAACAUGAUCUAAUAUGAUCCACUCAUGUUAGCGACCCUCAGGAACAACUACACAGAGGAAGGGAAGGUAAACGGAAUGGAAUGAUGCUAAAUGUAAGCUACAAAUGUAAAACUAACACUAAAGUGGCAGUUAUAAAUGUAUGUGGGUAUUACUGAUGGUGGCUCCCGAUAAGUGGCUAAUAUUUAACAUGAUACAAAUUGGAAAAAUAAAACGGAGAAAAACCUGGUCAUAAUUAAAACAUUGUAAUGUGUAUACAUCAACUCAGCAGGUUCAUCCCUACAGAAGCCUAUAGCUUGGGUGUCCAAAUUUAAUCCACGCAAAUUACGAGGGCACACAAUUACAAUUCUGAGUAACAGCACAGCUAUUUUAUAGCCUAUUUCACGGUGGAAAAGGAUCUGCAAUACAGCGUAGCCCAGUGGUUAGAGCAGGUAGCCUAGUGGUUAGAGGGGGAGGCAGGUAGCCUAGUGGUUAGAGGGGGAGGCAGGUAGCCUAGUGGUUAGAGGGGGAGGCAGGUAGCCCAGUGGUUAGAGGGGGAGGCAGGUAGCCCAGUGGUUAGAGGGGGAGGCAGGUAGCCCAGUGGUUAGAGGGGGAGGCAGGUAGCCUAGUGGUUAGAGGGGGAGGCAGGUAGCCUAGUGGUUAGAGCAGGUAGCCUAGUGGUUAGAGGGGGAGGCAGGUAGCCUAGUGGUUAGAGCAGGCAGCCUAGUGGUUAGAGGGGGAGGCAGGUAGCCUAGUGGUUAGAGCAGGUAGCCUAGUGGUUAGAGCAGGUAGCCCAGUGG